UGUGAACACAGCACUGAAACUAAAGCACUUAAACUUCCUAUUUUGUUCACCUACUACACCAUGAAUUUUCAGACAGCUUACUCACUUGACCUACUGUCACAUUUUGCAUAUUUGUGCCGGCAAGUUGGGUGUGUUCCUGUUCCAUAAAUGGCUUUACAAAAAAGCACCAUAUGACGGCAAGGUCUCUCCCAGUAGCCUAUCCUGACAACUGCUGUGUCUGAAUGGCACAUGCUGACUUCUGUGAGCCCUUUAAACUUUAAAGGUCCACAAGACACCCAGCUGCCUGUGUGCUUGAAAGAUUUUCUGCUCAUUUUCACGGUCACUUCUCAAAAAGAUUUGGCUGAACUAAACACGCAGAAGAGUGCCCCCGAGCUUUUUCCAGCAAUCCAGAGGUCCAUUAUUUAAGUCAGAAUGGGAGCGUUUAUUGCCAAGAUGUUGUUGCCCACCAUCAGCAGUCUGGCGUUCUUGCCUGCAGCCAGUGUGGCCGCAAAGAGAGGCUUCCACAUGGAGGCCAUGGUCUAUUUCUUUACAAUGUUCUUCACAGCGAUUUAUCAUGCAUGUGAUGGACCGGGACUGUCCAUACUCUGUAUUAUGAAGUAUGAGAUACUGGAGUACUUCACCGUGUAUGGAACAGCCAUCUCUAUGUGGGUCACACUGUUAGCACUGGGAGAUUUCGAUGAACCCAAGCGCUCAUCACUUACAAUGUUUGGGGUGCUGACUGCAGCUGUGAGGAUCUACCAAGACAGAUGGGGCUACGGCAUCUAUUCUGGUCCCAUCGGUACAGCUGUCUUUAUGAUAACAGUGAAAUGGUUGCAAAAAAUGAAGGAAAAGAAAGGACUUUAUCCAGACAAAAGCGUUUACACUCAACAAGUAGGACCGGGAUGCUGUUUUGGUGCUCUUGCUUUAAUGCUUCGCUUCUAUUUCGAGGAGUGGGAAUAUGCUUACGUCCACAGUUUCUACCAUGUGUCAUUGGCUGUUUCUUUUAUUCUGCUCCUGCCCAAGAAGAACCGGUACGCCGGAACGGGACGAAACGCGGCCAAGCUCAACUGCUACACCCUCUGCUGCUGUGUAUGACACAUCUUUUUAUCCGAGCGGGCCGAAAUUCACCCUGACAAACAAUGUCGUUGUGAGCAUUUUAAGGGACAGUUCACCACAAAAAGUGCUGUCAUGAUUUACUCAAAUCUCUUGCUUUUUCAAACCUGCAUUUGAAAAUGUACCGCUCAAUUAAAUAAAUGGCGACUGUGGCUUUCAAGCGGACACAAAUGUACUAAAAUACUUCAUGAACUAAGCUUAUGACUUCAUGAAAAUAUAGUGCAUCUUAUAAAUAAAGGUGCUACAAACGGUCAACAAACCCAUUUUUACAGUGUAAGAGCGUAUGGAUCACUUUGUGUUACCUUAUGGUGCCUUUGUGUCCUUUUUGAAGCUUUAGCUUAACAUUCAUUCUUAAUUGCAAGUUUAAAAAAAGUGAUUGGUACAUUCUUAACAAUUUUCCAAGACGAAAGCCAUGCGGGUUUGGAACGGCAUGAAGGCGGGUAAAUUAUUUUCAUUUUUAGGUGAACUAUUCCCCUAAUUUGCCAAAAACCAUAUUAAUUGCACUCCUAUUUUUCUAAUGGCAGACAUCGCAACCGCCAAUGAAAGAGAAAGCACGGACUGUCUGGACCACUCCUCAAAAACUCUGGAAGCGGACCGGUGGUCCUGGCCUACCAUUACACAAAUCUCAGCCACGCACCAUGUAACGCAAGAAACUGUGUCUGCUGAGAGCAGCCUGACAGCGAGGACAGUUAUACGACCUCCCAACAGGCCAAGUAUGCUUUGGACAACUUAUUUCCAAGGAUUGAAUGAUGCCCUGCUUGUCAAGUGUCUGUAGUGAAAAACGGGUUGCGAAGGCCUGGUCCUAGCGAUGGCAGAAGAAAGGACCGAACGUACCGUAAAAGUCCAGCUGGAAAGUUUACGAGUUAGAAAAAACAGCAGACGUGUUAUCUGUCCAAAAUGAAUAAAGGUUGCU